CCCACACUUGGACGUAACAAACACUCCCGACCCACGCGGACCUCACACGCCGAGCAGCACGCAGCACAGCGCGGACAUGUACCCGCACCUCAGCGGCCUGCUGCUGGUCCUCAGCCUGCUGCAGCUCCCGCACACUGACGGCUGCUCCUGCGCGCUCACGCACCCGCAGGACGCCUACUGCGACUCCGACAUCGUCAUUCGUGCUAAAGUGGUGGGCAAGAAGCUGGUGAGAGGUGGACCCUUUGGCACCAUGAGCUACACCGUCAAGCAAAUGAAGAUGUACAAGGGCUUUGACAAAGUGCCGCACGUGCAGCACAUCUACACGGACGCCUCGGAGAGCUUGUGCGGCGUCAAGUUGGACAUCAACAAGUACCAGUACCUGAUCACAGGGCGGGUGUACGAGGGCAAGGUGUACACGGGGCUGUGCAACUUCAACGAGAGGUGGGAGCGCCUGUCCCUGGCUCAGAAGAAAGGCAUCAACCAUCGCUACCAGCUGGGCUGCAGCUGCAAGAUCAAGCCCUGCCACUACCUGCCCUGCUUCGUGACGUCCAAGAGCGAGUGCCUGUGGACGGACAUGUUGUCCCACUUUGGCCACCCGGGCCACCAGUCCCGCCACUACUUCUGCAGCAAGCAGAAGGAGGGCUACUGCAGCUGGCACCGCGGCAUGAGCGCCCGCGACAAAACCGCCGUCAACACCACCGACCCCUGAGGGCCCCUGACUCCCCCUGGCCCCCACAGUAGCACCCCCAGUCAAGGGCGACAAAGGACAAGAAAUGCGUUGCAGUGCCUGUUUGCUCGCACUUCUGAUGGAAUGAUUUAGCGCUCAAUUACACAUCCAAUAUUCCUCAAUUAGACAUCCAAUAUUCCUCAAUUAGACAUCCAAUAUUCCUCAAUUAGACAUCCAAUAUUCCUCAAUUCAACAUCCAAUAUUCCUGCAAAGGCUGAAAAGAAUGUACGACUUCGAUCGCAACCUCAUCCGACCAAUCAGCCAGCAGCAUCCAGCCCUCUAUGAUGCUCAUUAAGUGCACCAAGGCAGAAGCUUUACAGGUCAUGUGACAGGGGUGUCCAAACUUUUUCACGACUGAAAAAAUCAAAACGUGCGGGGGCCAUUUUCAUAUUUGUCAUUUUCUAAACCAAUAUAUAUAUAUAUAUAUAUAUGUACAUAUACCGUAUUUUUCGGAGUAUAAGUCGCACCUGCCAUAAUAAAGAAGGAAAAAAACAUAUAUAAAUCGCACUGGAGCCCGGCCAAACUAUGAAAAAAAACUGCGACUUAUAGUCCGAAAAAUACGGUAUGUAUAUAUAUAUAUAUUUAUUUAUUUUUUAGUCUCUAGGGCUCCCCUCAAGUUUGGUCCUGGGGACCCUUAAGGGUCUCCGUUUAAAAAUUUUGUUUUUUAUUAUUAUAAUGAUUUGACGCUUGAUUCUCUACAUCAACAUCAGGUGGGUAUGUUGAUAUAAAGUUAAACAAAUAAAAAUAAAAUAAAUGUUUUAUGUCCUUUUUGUUUUUUUUAUUGCAAAAACACAAAAAAAAUUCACUUUUUCCCUUAAAAAAAUUGAAAGUGGAAUAUUUGAUGUGAAACAAUUUGAUUAUUUAAUAAGACAAUUAUUCAUAACAACACUGAUUUUAUUCUUCUUUUUUUUUGAGCAAUGAUAGUUUAAAAAAAUCCCACUAAAAUGAUUGGGGAUCCAAAAGGGCCUCACUCUUAAAAGUGUUCAUCCUCCAAAAGCAUAUUUUUUUUUUUUUAAACUUUUAACACUUAAGUCUCUCGAUCCAUUUUAGAUUUAUCCAUCAAUUAUAGGUUUUUCUUAUUGUUAUUUGUUUGUUUUAUACUAUUUUUGUCAUAUAAAAUUGAAGUUUCUUUAUGGUAAACACACAAAAAGCAGACCGAAAAAAUUUGAAAGUGGAAUAUGAAACAAUUAGAUUAUUUAAAUGCUGUUUUUUAUUAUUAUAAUGAUUUGACUCUUGAUUCUCUACAUCAACAUCAGGUGGGUAUGUUGAUAUAAAGUUAAAAAAAUAAAAAUAAAAUAAAUGUUUUAUGUCCUUUUUGUUUUUUUAUUGCAAAAACACACAAAAAAUUCACUUUUUCCCUUAAAAAAAAUUGAAAGUGGAAUAUUUGAUGUGAAACAAUUUGAUUAUUUAAUAAGACAAUUAUUCAUAACAACACUGAUUUUAUUCUUUUUUUUUUUUUUUUGAGCAAUGAUAGUUUAAAAAAAUCCCACUAAAAUGAUUGGGGAUCCAAAAGGGCCUCACUCUUAAAAGUGUUCAUCCUCCAAAAGCAUAUUUUUUUAAUUUUUUUACGUUUAACACUUAAGUCUCUCGAUCCAUUUUAGAUUUAUCCAUCAAUUAUAGGUUUUUCUUAUUGUUAUGUUUGUUUUAUACUAUUUUUGUCAUAUAAAAUUGAAGUUUCUUCAUGGUAAACACACAAAAAGCAGACCGAAAAAAUUUGAAAGUGGAAUAUGAAACAAUUAGAUUAUUUAAUAGAACAAUAAUUCAUAACAACAAUGAUUUUGAUUCAUUAUUAUUUUUUGAGCAACAAGCUUUCUAAACAAAAUAACCCACUGAAAUGAUUGUGGAUCCAAAAGGGCCUCACUCUUAAAAGUGGUAAAAAUAAAUCAUACUUUAUUUUUUUACUUUAAACACUUAAGUCUCUAAAUUCAUUUCAGAUGUAUCCAUCAAUGAUACGUUUUUAUAAUUUUUUAUUUGUUUGUUUUAUGCCUAUUUUGUCAUAGAAAAUUUUGUAUGGCAAAAACACAAAAUAUGUAAUAUUUUCCACCCCAAAAAUGUCAAAAUUGAAUUUUGGAUGUAAAGUAAUUGAAACAUUAAAUAGAUAAAUAAUAACAAUUAAUUGUUGAUUAUUUUUUAUUUUUUGAGCAAUGAUAGUUAAAAAAAAAAAAAAAACCUCAAAAAUUAUUGGGGAUCCGAAAGGGCCCCACUUUUAAAAGUGCGGAAAAUAAAUCAUACUUUAUUUUUUUACUUUUAACACUUAAGUCUCUAGAUCAAUUUUAAGUUUUUAUUAUUUUGUAUUUGUUUUGUUUAUAUCAUUUUUGUCAAAGACAAUUUUUUUUUUUUAUGGUAAACACACAAAAAAACACGCCAGAAAAAAUUCAAAGUGUAAUAUUUGAUGAGAAGUAAUUGGAGCAUUGAAUAGAUCAAUAAUUCAUAACAAUACUAAUAUUAAUUCCUUAUUGUUUUAGCAAAAAAGUCAUACCUAUUUGCUUUAUGCCCUUUUUGUCAAUAAAAACAUUGUUUUUUUAUGCCAAAAACGCAACAUAUGCAAUAUUUCCCAAAGUAAUCGGAGCAUUAAAUAGAUAAAUAAUUCAUAAUAUCAUUGAUUUUAUUUCAUUAUUAUUUUUUGAGCGAUGACCGUUUAAAAAAAAAAAAAUCACUAAAAUAAUUGGGGAUCCAAAAGGCCUUACUCAUAAAAUUGUUAAAAAUAAAGUAUGAAUCACUUAUUUUAUUUACUUUAGAUCUAUCCAUCGAUUACCACUUUUUAUCAGAUUUUUGUUUGUUUUUUGCCCUUUUUGUCAAAGAAAACACACAAAAUAUACAAUAUUUUCCCUACAAAAAAUUCCAAAAUGGAGUAUUUGAUGUGGAGUAAUUGGAGCCUUUAAUAGAUCAAUAAUUCAUAAUUUUUUGAACAAUGACAGUUUUUUUUUGUUUUUUUUAAUAUUUUUUUAAAAGGCCCACUAAAAUGAUUGAGGAUCCAAAAGGGUCCCACUCGUAAAAGUGUUAAAAGUAAAUCAUACUUAAUUUUUCUCACUUUUAACACGUAAGUCUCCAGAUCAACUUUAGAUUUAUCCAUCCAUUACAAGUUUUUAUUAUACUUUUGUUUGUUUUUUGCCCUUUUUGUCAAAGAAAACCUUGUUUUUUUAUGAUAAACACACACAAUACACAAUAUUUCCCCCUACAAAAUAUUUCAAAGUGGAAUAUUUGAUGUACAAAACAAUUAGAGCCUUAAAUAUGUCAAUAAUUCAUAACAACAUUAAUUUUGAUGCAUUAUUAUUUUUAGAACAAUGACAGUUUUAAAGAGGAAAAAAACAAACAUGCAUGGCAGUUUUGUGUUAUUAGAGUCAACAUUGCGACUUUUUCUCGUUACAUUUCACCUUUUUUGCUCUUUUUUUCCGACUUUUAUAGUAUUUUUAGAAUAUGUUGCGGGCGGUUAAAAAAAUUCGCUG